UCUUCUCGUAGCUUGGUCAGCCCCUGCACUGUGCAACACAAUCGUUUGUUGGCAGUGUGCAACAUGUGAAAGGAAUGGGGAUUGUCUUGAAUUGUUGAGUCUUUUUUCUGGCGGCUGUUUUUUUUUUGGCAACUAAGUAAGGAAACAAUGAGGUGGAGCGUAAAAGAUUAAGUACUGUUAAAAAAUAAUGACUUCAGAGACCGACGGCUUGGAUGUUAGUUUUUUAAACGAAGAAGAAGCUGACAAGAUCCUUGGAGUAUUAGAAAGAGAUGAGGAAUUGAAAAAGGCUGAAAAGGAACGAAUCAGAAAUCUUCAGCAUGCCAAGAAAGACUUGAAAUGGCUUAAAGGUGUGACCGGACAAUGGUUUGAAGAUACCAAAAAAAAAAAGUAUAAAAAUGAAGCAGACGUCAGUGACUUACUGAAACAGCCACUCAGCUUGAAAGUCAAGAAUAAUACCAGAGCUGACCUUAAAGUCUCAAAAACAAAAAGCUUCCUGCAGCGCGAGGAUGACAUGAUCACAACCGCUGUCUUGAAUGGCAGCUCCUUCCACUCUCGCCUGUAUUCCUUUUUCACAUUAAAGAUCCCGGGGAAACGUGGGGCGAAGCAGCCCCCCAGUAAACAAACCAGUUGUAACGUUGAAGUUGUUAGACGGCCUGAAGUACAAGACCAAGCAGAGGUUGAAGUAAACACUGAAGUUGUACCAGAGGAAAGCAAACACACCCUUCAAAAAGGAAUCCAACAACAACAUUUCAACGAAGAGAACAAAGAGUCUAUUGACCUAUUGCUAGAACAGGAGAUUUUCAGUGUUUUAGAUGACCUGGAUAACAAACUUGCUGAGGAAGAACUUGUCGAUUUGGAAAGCUCUGGACUUUGUUUCCAUGACUACUUAGAGGAGCAGCCUGACCCACUAACACAGAAGGAGGAGACAUCAAUAACUCAUCCCUCAAAGGAGAAACCAAGCCAUUCUUCAUCAGAUGACAGUGGGAAUACUCUAGAAAAUGGAACAAAGAGUGCCUCAGUCACUGCAAUUGCUGCACACAAUCAACUGAAGGAUUAUACAACAAAUAGAACACAAUCAUCCGCAGAUACAGAACACCCACCAGAGAGUGAAAAAGACGUUAUCAAAGGACAACCACCGUCUGUUUUGAAGAAUGAUCUCUGGCCUGCCGUUGGUGAUGUCCACAAUCCAAAACUGAAGAGAAGCAAAUCGCUGAGCAUUCUUGAUUUGCACAGUCCAGCAAAUGAAGGGGAAAACAAUUCAGAAUACUUGUGUUUAGAAAACAGAACAAUGGCUGUUCACUCCUCAGGUACAAGCUACCCAAUAGUAGGUGGCAAGAGGAGGCAGAAAAUAGACCUAAAACGGAUGUACAGUUCACAAGAUGCGUUGAGAAGACAAUAUUCCACCACCAUUGAUGACUAUGUUGAUUUUUAUAAAAAGAACACUGAGUUUAAACCUCUUAUGGUCAUUACAAAGGAAACCAGUGGGGAUGGUGAUCUUUACUCAUACAGCACUGAACUUCUGCCGCGAUACAUACCCAAGGACUGUGAAAGAGUCCUGUCUCCUGUUCAUCCAAAGGUUUCAGAACCCUUUGGAAGCCGACAUGAUAAAGUAGGCAGUUGGUUAAGGGAUAUAUCAAACAGUAACACUUUAGACUGUAAAACAGAACAAAUGCAGGACCUUGACAGCUCAUCGAGGAUCAUUCCAGAUUCCCCGCAAGAAAGGCCCGUUGUGAAGGAUAUUUCCCAGUUUCAUGCGUCUUACUGUUUUCAAAACAUGCCUGACAGACAUGAUGACACUGGUGAAAUUUCCCAGUUGAUUGAGCCAAAUGAGACAAAGGGACAUUACCAAAAAAGAGACCUGCAUAACUUGAGUCCUGUGUCAUCUGACCAAAGCAGAACAUUUUAUCCAAGCAGCUUACCUUACACAAGCUCUUUAAACAACCGAAUCAGUAUAUACAACAGCUUGAGGGGAAAUUCUCAGGGGCCAGUCUCGCCCAGCACUGAGAGAAAACCCUUGUAUUCCCCCACUGGAUUACACAAGGGAAGCAUUUUGCAAAGCAAUGAGAAAAAUAUGAAUUUAGUGUUGAGGAAUCGUGAACUUUCAAGGACAAACUCUUUACCUUUCACUGUAAGCUCAAGCCUUACCAAUCAGAACUUUGUAAAUGCGAAUGCUGAGCCUGUACAGCACAUGCAAGAAUAUACAGGUAUACCUCACUCUCCUAACAUGCAAGGCAGUCAUCUGUCACCAGCUAGUAGACAAAACAGUGGAGACUACUCUGCAAGACAUGCCAUCUACAAUUUAUCCCAUAGGCCAGUUUCACCUCUUAAAAGUAUGGCCCACCCAGCUGAAAUGCAAAAUUGUGCAGUUCCUGAUGUUCCAGGCAGCAGAUUUAAAAAUGCCACCAGUCCAGUUCAUUGUAAAAGUCCAGUAUCCCCAUCCAGAGUCCCUUUUCGUGGAAGUAGUUUGCAUACGUAUUCACCCACUAAAGAUUUCAGCCCGGCUAAACCAAAGUCUCCUUUGAGAUUUUUCACUGAUGUCGAAUCACAUUGUGAUCUGCGUGGAAAUCUUUCCACUCCCUCUACCCCUGGUUUGGAAGACAGCAGGUUGUUUUACAAUGUAAAUGUUUUCCACACAGCUGCACACACGGAAUCAGUAUGCGACUCCUAUGAAAGCAAAGCUGACAACCACUCUCCAAUCGCUAAAUAUCAAAGUAAUGUUCUAGAUCUGCCCGAUUUCGCACCUAAAUCCCUGCCUGCAGUGCCUACCACCAUCUAUGGGAGCAGACUGAGUACGUCGUCCAGCCACAGUUCUGCUGUUUCACCACACAGCCGUGAUUCAGAGCAGCUGUCACCUUACACUACUGAACUGGAAGCAGGGACAAUGCAUCCCUUUCACCAAGCCGCUAACACUCUUCAGAAAACAAAGUUUGACAAUAUUUAUAAGCUUCAUACCCCUCUAAUUGAUACAAGGUCUGCAUCUGAAAGGAUGAGCCAUAGCAUAGCAGUACACCGGAAUUUCUACCCAGUUGCCAAUAAGCAAACUGUAAAAACAAAAGAAACUGACAAUUUUAAUUCUGGAAUUAAACAUUCAGCUGCCAUCAUGGUAAAUGCGACCAGUGACCACCAGUCUAAACUUCCAUCACCUGCAAUACACAGUAAAAAUGCACACAACACUGGAGGUAGUUUUCUCUUAAACAAACAAGGUGACUUUUCAGCUGAGAGCGUGAACACCUUUAAAAAUGCACCGGUAAUAAAUGAAAGAGAGCAUGACACUCUUCUCUCACUGGAUUCAAGCUACUCCCCUGAAAAUACCUGGGACCAAACUCAGAAGAGACGAAACAUGAACAAGGUUUAUUUACCACAUGGUAGGCAACAGGGAGCUCCAGUCUCCCCACAUGCAACAGAAAAUGAAAAGUCCUCUGAACUUCGACUCUUUAACAAAUCUGGCGUUGGCACAGAAAGUAAAGUGGAUCAAAUCCUAAACCGUACAAAGCUGACAUUUAGUGAUAAAUGGUUUGAGGAUGAGAUCCUAACAGCAAGAAAAAGGAGCAAGACAAUGUUUGAUGCCAGUUCGAAAAGCUUGGAUCUGAACUAUAAAAACACUCUGGCUAACAAGGAGUUCCAGUUUUCAUAUUCUGACAAAAACAGAAACACGUUGGUAAAUAAUAAUUACACUGUGCAGGAAUCAAAUCUAGACUGUCCGAAUAACUGGAGUCAGCAAAAGAACAUUUCUUUUAGUGAAUCUGAGGACUUUCAAUACAACGCGUAUAAUAUCAAUAGCUCAAGAAGCCUGAAAGAUAUAAGUAUGAACUGCAAUCGGUUCUAUUCAAUGGAUUAUAGACCAACAAACAAUCGAUCUUAUUCUGUAAACAGUUACCAUAAUGACAGAACUUCAGGGUACAAUAGGUUGUCCACUGCUACAAAAGUGACUACUACAAUGAAGCAAAAUGCACUAUCAAAGUCUCAUUACAAGCUGCCCCUGUAUGAUCCAGAAGACGUGGAAAAUAAAAAAGAGUUUAAGACACAACAGUCGGGUAACAACAGCACCAGGCAUAAAAGCGUUUCCUUUUGUGAAUCGGAGGGAAUGCAAAACAGCACUAGUGGAAAUAUUCUGAGCUCAAAAAGCCUGAAAGACUUGAAUGUCAACAGAAACCAUUUCUUUACCACAGAUUAUGGAUUGAAACAUAAUCGAUCAUAUUCUGUGAACAGUUUCAGCAGCAAAACAUCUCGGUGCAAUCGGUUGUCAACUGGGCCAAAACUCUGCAAGUCUCAGUCUGAGCUGCUCAACUACAACCCAGAGGACAUAGAGAAUGAAAACGAGGCUUCGCACUACAGGAUGAGUAAAGCCAAUCGUAACAAAAACGUUGGAGGCAAAAAAAGGCUGCCUGAGAUUUCAAUAUACGACGAGGAGCAGCAGGCCAUGUACUUGGAUCACAUCAGGAAAUCCCUCACUGUCGGGAGAAUAUGGAAACCGGGUUGUCUUCAAAAUCCUUCUUCACCUAACAAUGAGGAGCCCUUGUCUCGAGAGAGAGUCGUGUUGCUUGGCUCUACUUCCACAGGGAGCAGGACAGCGUCACAAGACAGCCUGUCCCCCAGUGGGCAGAUGCCAUCUAGGAGUUAUCUAAACAGCCUUUCUGAUUUCGUGGAGUCAGACUCGGAUACCACAACAGAUGACGAGUAUUACUUGAAUGUAGAUGAAAAUGAUAAAGAGUCAGAAUUGUGAACUAAAAUAAGGCGACUGUAAGUGCAUAUAUUCAGAGCUGUAUGUAGAAAGCUACGAGCUUUGAGUCGUUCAGGUACUGGUUAUAUACUUGGCUCAAAUCAUUUCACUUAUUGUUUUCAUGCCUCAAUCCAUAAUCAUGUCCUUUUGUGAAUAGAAAAGGUAGUAAGUUUAGCCUAUUUGACUGCUUUGCUAUAUAUUGAUCAUCAGUAAUGUUUUCCAUGGGUGUAGUGAUCAGUGAUGCUCACAUUUGUAGAUGAAUGGAAUAGCAGUUGACAUUAAACAGUAUAAACACUCAAUGGGGUCCUGCAUCUGUUCUCUUGAUAUCAAAUAGUUUGAUCAAAUCCACAUGACAGUGAGCUGCUAACCUUUGAUUUUAAUUUUAGUGUUGCUAUGCUUAUUGAAGUACCAAAUAAUUAUGAUAAUUGUGUGCAAUUAUUUCAUGCUAACGCUGUUUUAAAUUCCCCAAGGAAUAAUUUCUCUUAUAUCACAGGUGAAGUUUGUUUAAAAGCUUUUCCACAGAGUAACAGUCCCUGGGUUUAAAGAAUACACUUCCUGUGUGUGUAUUUUGGGGUUCUGCAAAGAAGCUGAUGCACAGUGACUCAGUUUUGUCCCUUGUCUGUGCUGUUGUAUAGAACGUGUUCUCUCAACAUUGCAGCAGUUGUAUUUGUUCAGUCCCCAGGAGAAUAGUUCUGGGUGAAGCCAAAAUGUCAUCUCAAUGAACAAGCAACGUUUCACCAUAGAAAGCAAUGUAAUGAGACAGGAAAUGUUAAGUGUAAGACCAGUUUUUUAAAACAAAGAGUUUUUUUUUGUUUUGUUUUUUUAUUGUAUUUUCUGGUCUGCUUGGAUAUUCCCUGAUUGAAACUGAGCAUUGUAUGACAGCUGCAAAGUUUGAUAAAGCAAGUUGAUUGGUUGGAAGGCUCCAAGAUGCAUAGACUUCUGGCACUUAUAAUGUCCAUUUUAAAUAUUAGUAUUAGUAAAUCAAGCAUGCAAAUAGAAUGUAAUCAUUCUUCUGGUGGAAAUGUAAUGUUUUUCUACAGCACAUCCAAUACCUUCAUGUCUUAUCUCAUCACACGGCCUUUAAGAAAAACUGGUUACAAAAUGUGCAAAGGCUAAUAGAUAUCGAUGUUGAGCUUCAUAAUGAACAUGAAAUCCGAAGCAUGAUUGUAAGCACUUUGUUUUAAUUAAGAAGUAUAUUGUGUUUUAUUCUUUUUUGGAGAACCAAAUACAUUAAUAAAAUAUUACUGUUUUAAGUAAUUUAUUGUGUACAUAUUGAAUAUACAGUGUUUAUUUUGAUAAAGAAAGGGUUAAGCUAGACAAGCGUGUGGUUUUAUUAAUUAUGAAAAGUUUUAAUGUAUAUAGUACUGUACCUGUACACUGUUUAAAUAUUUAAAUGAAACUGUCAUUCCAGUAUAUCCAUUUAGGUUAAUGUUUGUGUUCAUUUUGUCAUUCAGUUGCAUUUGUGUUUAUAAUAAAGGGAUUAAUAGAUGUAUACAGUACUACAAUUGUGUGAUGCAUUGAUUUAAUAGAUUUUCAAUAAACACUGCAAUACAUUUUUAAUUUUACAACUUUAAAAAUACUGAAGUUUAAAUAACAUUAUAAUCUUAAACAGACACUGUCUAUCCCUAAUUACUAGGCAAUAGCAAAUUUCAACUAUAUUAUUUGUCAAUACAACUAGAUACUGGUAACAGCAGAAAGCUAAAUAAGGAGCUCUUUUAACUGCUACCUCCCACCUACGUCAUCUGUUGCUUACUUGCUACAUUCCACCAGUACACUCCAGGCCUACUUGUCCUGAAGGAAUGACCUAUCCCUCCACGAGAGUUUCCAUAGCAACACAAACAAACAAUGUAUGUGUUCCAGACAUGUUCCUGCACUUUUACUUUUCUUUCUAAACAGCUGAAGGGCUUUUGCCCGAAACAUCCUGAAAAUAAAAGAUGUUUUAAUCUUUUAAAAAAUGUUUGUGUACACUUUUUUUACAAUCAUUUUAUUAGGCACUGCUAGGGUCUUCAGUGAUUUAUUGUAA